AUGGAAGGCGGCCGGGAGGAGCAGCGAGAGGCGGCGGCGGGCGGGCUGUGGCAGUGGGAGCUAAAGCUGGGCGGCGAGCUGAAGCUGGUGGUCGGCCCGCACAAGGGCUGGGGCGCGGACGCGGUGACAUUCCUGUUGCUGGGGCAGGCGUGCCACCGGUACCGGGACGAGCUGGAGCGAUACAUAAACUACACGGUGGGAGGGGAGUGCCCCUCCGACAAGGCGUCGGCGCAGCGGCUGAUGCUCAAGGGGUGCGAGCCGCUGCCGCGGCGGCGGUGCCGGCCGCGCACCCCCGCAGAGUACGUGGAACCCACGCCGCUGCCGGCGAGCCUGUGGGCGGUCCCGCCGGACACCAGCAUCAUGUGGGAUGCGUACACGUGCAAGAGCUACGGCUGCCUCGCGCGGCACGGCAAGGCCAAGGGCAGCUACGAUUGCAAGGACUGCUUCGACCUCGGCGGGCGGGAGAAGGACCGCUGGGUGCGCCACGACAAGGAGAAGGGCGACGAGUGCAACUCGCUCAACUAUAGCAUCGAUGACGUGCUAGGGUCCCUACCCAGGGGCAGUGUGCGCAUCGGGCUGGACAUCGGCGGCGGGUCCGGGACGUUCGCGGCGCGGAUGCGGGAGCGCGGCGUCACGGUGGUGACCACGUCCAUGAACUUCGAUGGGCCGUUCAAUAGCUUCAUCGUGUCACGUGGGCUGGUGCCCAUGCACCUCAGCGUGGCCAGUCGGCUGCCCUUCUUUGACGGCACGCUGGACGUGGUGCACUCCAUGCACGUGCUCAGCAGCUGGAUCCCCGACGGCAUGCUCGAGUCGGCGCUCUUCGACGUCAACCGGGUGCUGCGCCCCGGUGGCGUGUUCUGGCUCGACCACUUCUUCUGCCUCGGCACGCAGCUGGACGCCACGUACCUGCCCAUGUUUGACCGGAUCGACUUCAAGAAGCUACGGUGGAACGCUGACAGGAAGCUCGACAGGGGCAUCCACAUGGACGAGUGGUACAUCUCCGUGCUGCUCCAGAUUUGGUACAAUUACUAG